UCGAUUUCUAGGGCUCUGAAGGCCACGGGCAUGAUGCUUCGGGUUCUGGUGGGGGCCGUCCUCCCCGCCAUGCUGCUGGCCGCCCCACCGCCCAUCAACAAGCUGGCACUGUUUCCGGACAAGAGUGCCUGGUGCGAGGCCAAGAACAUCACCCAGAUCGUGGGCCACAGCGGCUGUGAGGCCAAGUCCAUCCAGAACAGAGCGUGCCUGGGACAGUGCUUCAGCUACAGUGUUCCCAACACCUUCCCGCAGUCCACGGAGUCCCUGGUGCACUGCGACUCCUGCAUGCCAGCCCAGUCCAUGUGGGAGAUUGUGACGCUGGAGUGCCCCGGCCACGAGGAGGUGCCCAGGGUGGACAAGCUGGUGGAGAAGAUCCUGCACUGCAGCUGCCAGGCGUGUGGCAAGGAGCCGAGUCACGAGGGGCUGAGUGUCUACGUGCAGGGCGAGGACGGCCCGGGCUCCCCGCCCGGCACCCAUCCCCACCCCCAUCCUCACCUCCACCCCGGUGGGCAGACCCCUGAGCCCGAGGAACCCCCUGGGGCCCCCCACACCGAGGAGGAGGGGGCUGAGGACUGAGGCCCUUGACUCUUCCUCCCCGCUUGUCCCCCGUGGAAUGCUGGGAGAAGUGUGUGGGGAGAGGCUGAAGCCCCCCUUUGGCACUGGAUGGACUUGGAUUCAGACUUGGACUUGGAAUGCUUCCCGGUUGCCAUGGAGAUCUGAAGGGAGGGGCUGGAGCCAAGCUGCACAAUUUAAUAUAUUCAAGAGUGGGGGGAGGACUCUUCUUCGGAGGGGGGUUCUCUUCCUUUCUGCCUCCUGGAGAUGUGCCCCUGGGAGGGGGAGAGAGUUGGCUAAGCUGCUGAGGUGGGGGUGAGGCCAUGCAGAUGGCAGGAGCCAGGCUAAGGCCCGUGUGGCCUCUGGCAGGGCAGGGCCCUUGGGGACAAGGGUGGAGCUGGGCCCUGAGCGGAGGGUGGGUCUCUUGCCGCAGUGGCCCUGAAGGAGGGGCUGGGUCUGGGCGGGGAAGGCCACGGCAGAAGCAGGGAGCUCCAGCCCCACCGGCUUCCCCAGGGCCUCCCACCCACUCCCGUGCCCAGGGCAGCUUCUCCCCGUGCACUGAAGUGGCUCUCCCCCCAUGGCUGGGAGUCAGGCCUGGGCAGGACCCUGCUGACUCAUGGCCCUGGAGUCAGGGCCAGGCUCUUUGGGCCUCUGGCUUUCUUGGCUUUCCAGGGGUCGGAGGGAGGCAGGGAGGCGGCUUCCCAGGCCAGGGGGUGGGAGUGACCCCCAGCCUGUCAGCAGAAGAGCAUCCCUCCCUCCUUUUCUCUGAGAUCUUUGUGCCUCCACUGCCCCUAAGUUCUAGAGCCCUCAGAAAGCUGAUGAGACAGCCUCACCCUGUUGGGGGAACUCUUUCUAAAGCCCUGGUGGUGGGGAGGGGUCUCCCUUACUCAGAUUCCAAGGAGGGACCUGGGUGGGAUGGACUGUGGCUGGGCCUCAGGGGCGAGGGCUCUUGUGGGCAGUGUUCACUGUGGCUCAGCUGCCUGAUCCCAGCGGCCUCCCCCCUCCCGCUGCACUUUAACCCUAGAGGAGGUGCGGGAUCCGACCGGGGCAGGCAGGCGGGCAGGGAAGAACUGCCUGUGUCCGCUCUUCUGUCCCCAGCUCUCCUGUCCCCAGCAGCUUCCAGCCCCUCCGGCCCCCUGUCUGAGGGCACCCUGCUCCUCAUGGCUGUUCUGACAAGAGCUUCUGGAGCUUGUAACCAGUAGAGUGUCCCCCGACGGACCCUGAGUGUUCUCAGGAAUAAAUUCGUUCAACGCC